GUGUGUUGUUCAGAACGUGUCCGUUUUUCUGAUUCAACAUUUUGCUAUUUAUUUUAUGCUUGUAUAAAUAGAGUAAUAAAUACAAUUUUAAAAAUCACAUUUAACUGACAGUAGCAGUCAUGUCUGCUAGCGAUAAUAAGAACACUGUCCAGACUGAUAUGGAUCAAGGUGAUUCUAUUGAUAAGGUUUCUGGUUCCAAAGAUCUGAAGAAAGCAGAGAAGGAAAGGAAAAAAGCAGAAAAACUAGAAAAGCUGAAAGCAAAGCAAGAGAAACAAGCACAACAAGAUGCUAUGAAAAAGGAUGGCGAUGAGAAGAAAGAAAAGAAGAAAAAAGAGAAAUCUGUUAUUACUUACGACAUUCCAACUAAAAAAGGAGAGAAAAAAGACACAUCAUGUUCAAUGCCUGAUGCGUAUAGCCCUGACUACGUGGAGGCUGUGUGGUAUGAUUGGUGGGAGGAACAGGGAUAUUUUACACCAGAAUACGGGGGCCGUGAUCCUCAGAACACAAGCUAUGAUGACAAAUUUAUUAUUGUCAUUCCGCCUCCAAAUGUAACUGGAAAGCUUCAUCUUGGUCAUGCGUUGACAAGUGCAGUGCAAGAUUGUCUCGUAAGAUGGCAUAGAAUGAGGGGAAAGAUGGUGCUAUGGAAUCCAGGAUGUGACCAUGCUGGAAUUGCAACACAAGUCGUUGUUGAAAAGAAACUGAUGCGAGAGAAGAAACUGUCACGACAUGACCUAGGUCGAGAGAAGUUUGUGGAUGAAGUCUGGAAAUGGAAAAAUGAGAAGGGAGACCAGAUCUACCAUCAGUUGAGGAAACUUGGUGGCUCAUAUGAUUGGAAUAGGACGUGUUUCACAAUGGAGCCGAAAUUGUACCGAGCUGUCACAGAAGCAUUUAUUCGUCUGCAUGAAAUGAAGAAAAUCUACAGAAGUGUCCGACUGGUCAACUGGUCUUGUACUCUUAACUCGGCCAUUUCAGACAUUGAGGUAGACAAGAAAGACAUUCCUGGACGUACAUUGAUGGCUGUGCCAGGAUACAAGGAAAAGGUUGAGUUUGGUGUACUCGUUUCGUUUGCAUACAAGGUCGAAGGAUCAGAUGAUGAGAUCAUAGUGGCGACCACUCGAAUUGAGACGAUGCUUGGUGACUGCGCUGUUGCGGUCCACCCUGACGAUGCGCGGUAUAAACACCUGCACAACAAGUUCAUCAAACAUCCUUUCUUCGAACGGAAAAUGCCAGUUGUCUGUGAUGACUUUGUCGAUAUGGCAUUUGGUACAGGUGCGGUGAAGAUCACCCCGGCACAUGAUCCUAAUGACUACGAGGUCGGAAUGCGUCACAAACUUCCAUUCAUCACCAUCAUAGAUGACAAGGGAAACAUCACCAGUGACUGUGCACAGUUUGCUGGUAUGAAGCGAUUCGAUGCCAGAAAAGCAGUGUUACAGGCAUUGAAAGACAAAGGCCUGUAUCGUGAGACAAAAGACAAUCCUAUGGUUGUGCCGAUGUGUAGCAGGUCUAAAGAUAUCAUUGAACCACUUCUCAAGCCGCAGUGGUACGUUGAUGUCAAGGAGAUGAAUGCAGCUGCCAUCAAGGCUGUAGAAACUGGUGAUGUUCGUAUUAUUCCAGACAUGCACAUUAAAACAUGGAACAACUGGCUUGGUAAUGUCAGAGACUGGUGCAUAUCCAGACAGCUGUGGUGGGGUCAUCGGAUACCUGCCUACUUCGUGACCGUCGACGAUCCAAGUGUACCAGCAGGAACAGACACUGAUGACAAUUACUGGGUGUGUGGACAAACAGAAGAUGAAGCGAGGAAAAAGGCAGCUGAGAAGUUCAACGUCUCAGCAGACAAAAUAUCACUGAGACAAGAUGAAGAUGUGCUGGACACCUGGUUCUCCUCUGCAAUGUUUCCUUUCUCUAUAUUUGGUUGGCCUGAUGAGACUCCAGAUCUGUCGGCAUUCUACCCAGGCACUCUGCUGGAGACAGGUCAUGACAUACUGUUCUUCUGGGUGGCCCGCAUGGUAAUGAUGGGACAGACUCUUCUGGGAAAAUUGCCAUUCAAAGAGGUGUAUCUUCAUGCAAUGGUUCGAGAUGCACAUGGUCGGAAGAUGAGUAAAUCUCUUGGCAAUGUAAUUGACCCCAUUGAUGUCAUACAUGGAAUAACUCUGGAGAAACUGCAUGAUAAACUGGUUGAGAGCAACCUCGAUGAGAAGGAGAUCAAGAAAGCAAAAGAAGGACAGAAAAAAGACUAUCCUGUUGGUAUUCCAGAAUGUGGGACUGAUGCUCUGAGGUUUGCUCUCAUCUCAUACACAUCACAAGGUAGAGACAUAAACUUGGAUGUGCUGCGAGUUCAGGGCUACAGGUUUUUCUGCAACAAGAUGUGGAAUGCAACAAAAUUUGCUCUCAACUGUCUUGGAGACAACUUCAAGCCAACAGAAACACCACAGUUGUGUGGUAAGGAGAAGGACAUGGACCGGUGGAUCCUCAGUCGUCUGUCCUAUGCUGUAGGACAAUGUGCUUCUGGGUUUGAAAAUUACGACUUUCCAACGGCUACCACAGCAUGCUACAACUUCUGGUUGUAUGAACUGUGCGACUGGUAUUUGGAAUACCUCAAGCCCAUAGUGUAUGGCAGUGACGAAGACAGCAAGGCGACUUGCCGCAAUGUGCUUUACACAUGUCUUAAUGUGGGUCUGAGGCUCCUGCAUCCCAUAAUGCCGUUCGUAACGGAAGAGCUGUACCAGAGGUUACCAAGGAGACAAAGCAACGAACCGCCAAGUUUAGUUGUGACUCCAUAUCCACUGGAAAAAGAUUACACACUGCGCGAUGCUAGACUGGAGACAGCUGUGGGGUUUGCUCAGAACAUUGUGAAGAGUAUACGGUCAAUACGAGCCGACUACAAUCUGACACCAAAAACCAAGGCUGAUGUGUAUCUGAAGUGCUCGGACGAGGAGACUGCCAACACAUUGCAGGCGUUUACCGAGAAGAUCCAGACCCUGUCCAACUCUAGCAGCAUCGUCAUCCUCGUGAACCAGGACCCGCCCGUCGGCUGUUGCAUGUCUACCGUGUCAGCCAAGUGUGAAACGCACAUCAUGCUCAAGGGUCUGAUUGAUGUAGGAAAAGAAAUCUCGAAGUUACAAGGCAAACAAGAGACUCUAGGCAAACAGCUGAAGAAGCUACAGGAUACAUCGACAUCCGACGACUACUGCAGUAAAGUACCAGAAGACAUCAGGAACCAGAACUCUGAAAAGAUGGACCAGUUAUCAAUAGAAAUAGAAAAGUUAUCUCAAGGCCUUAAGACACUAGCAACUCUACAGUAGACAGACAUGGAUUAGCUUUGUUUUCAUCUUUCUUGGAUGUAAUAUUAAUCUGCCAUGGCUCAAUAAAGUGGAGAAAAUCAACAACACUUGUACAACAUUUAUGUGUUGAAUGUGAUAUUUUCUGGUCAGAGAUAUUUGAGCUACAAAGACUUAUGAAUGAAAAUCCUGUUGAGAAGUAAAUACCACCGUCUACCGGAUAUAUAUUUUUUGUUUUAAUUCACUAAACAAAAUGUUAUAAUAUAUUUUGUGGCAAGGGUGACAACUCUUACAUGACAGCUCUACGUUAGGUUUUCACGUUCAGAUCCAUUUCAUUAUUAGUGAAACUUGGGUCUUGGUUAUUCCUUAAUGUUUAUUUCAGAGUGAAUUAUAACAAUUUAAAUUUUUUUUUAAUGAAAUAGAGCUAAAUUAAAUUAUACAAGUUUGCAAACACAGAAUGAAAAACACCUGAGUCUAUAAACCAGGUUUUGGUAGUCAAGACAUUUUAUUGCAUGGAAUUAUUGUUGCAUAAGUGCAAUAGAUAGCUUAUUCUUAUUAUUUAUUUUCAAUUAAUGUGAUGUAUUGGAUCAACUACAGUGUAGUAUGGUAUGGUAUGGUGAUUCAGUCUAAGAAGACAUUUCAUAUUUCAUGUAUUACUUUGUUUGACACCCAGUAGACGAUGUAUUUUUCAUGCUGGGGUGUCGUUAAACAUUCAUUCAUUCAUUCAUUCAUUUCCCUUAUUAUUAUUAUUGUGUCUGUUUAUCUUCCAUGUUUAAAUUGCUCUUGGAUGUAUAAAGCACCAAUAAAUAAGACUUUGUGUU